AUGAUUAAAUCGAUUAUUUCGGUUUGUGUGUGCGCGCUGCUUUACCGACACGCCGCUUCGGAAGAAGUGGGACCGAUUGGCGCGUUCAUCAGGACUAAUUUGGUGGGCCAUCCGGUGAUCCACGAGGAGCAGAGAUGGGUGUUCGACCCUGACGUGGCCUUGAGGCGCCGUAAACAGUUCAUCGAGCUGAACGGCGAUAAAGGGGAGAGGUUGAUAGAGAGACUCGGCUUAGGGAUCGAUGGGUAUGACGAAGAGAGACAACAGAUGCAGAGGGAGAGGGACGAGGGACAUCUGGGCGGCUUGAACGCGUAUUUACCG